GGUAACUUUAAAUCGGGAUCCGAUUGAACCUUGGUCCGAAUUACUAAUUGCUGUUAGUUUCGAUUUAGCGAAUGUGACUCAUACACAAAAUAAACAAAAAUGGAGUUAAUUGUCGCUUUUGCUUUUCAUUGUGCUUGUUUAGCAUUAACGCUUGCGGACUGCCCUCCUCCUCCAGCGGUCCAGAAUGCAGCCUUCACUCCAGUCCAGUCAUCAUACGCUGAUGGCGCAAACGUUACAUUCACCUGUAACACUGGUUAUGGACUUCAAGGUAGUCGGAUACAUUAUUGCAGGGGAAGCAGUUGGGAAGGAUCCCUCAUAUGCUAUGAACAGUUUUGUGAAACAAUGAAUAAUCCUAGAAAUGGUAUAAUUGUUGGAAACCCAUCCUACAAAAUUGGCACUUACAUCACAUUUCAAUGUAACACAGGCUACACAUUGAAAGGAAAUAGCCAGUUGCUGUGUCGUGUUGAUUUGAAGUUUGAUAGGAACCCACCAACAUGCGAUGUCAAUAUGUGUCCAGAUUUUGGGGUAAUAGAUCAUGCACGCAUUUUCCAAGCCACAGAUGGAGGAAUAGAAAAUGAUUAUGGAAGCCUAGUUAAAGUAACCUGUGAAGACUCAUAUGUGCUGGAUGGUCAUGUGUCCGUGGUUUGCCAGGGAGACGGAACGUGGGGCCCAAAACCGACCUGCAAACCAUUAGAUUGUGGUAGGUUCGAUGGAAUGAAUUCAAGCUGCGUGAAAGACUUCGUACUGCUUGAUACUCUGUAUUACAUGGAAUGUAAGACUGAUGUCCCAAAUACAAGAAUUGGAGCGGACAGCACCAGUGCACCUAAUGAAUGUGAGGCAAGGUCUCGGAAAUGGAUGUAUUCACUGUUUGGAUGCUUUUGCAAUUGUCAAGUUAUCUACAAUAAAACCAUUGUGAUAACAUACAACCUUGAUCCAAAUGACUAUCUGCCACACAACACAGCUUUGAUGUGGAGUUGUAGGCCAGGUUGCAGGACAAACCAAACUUAUGCUCUGGGAUGCAUGGACGGACAGAUGGAAAUGCCAUCUUGCACCUGCGAUUCUUACGCACAUACACAUGAAACAAGCUUCAUUAUCAUAAUUGCUGCAAUAAUUGGAGCUGUAGUUUUGGCAUUGUCAGUUGCAGUUGCCUUAGUGAUGUACAAGAAAAAGGAAGGGUGUUUUAAGUCUGGUACAAAUGUGGAAGCCUCAUAUCCCAUGACUAAACCAACUCAUGAUGAAGGUGGCAAUUCUUCUAACGGGAACACUUUUAAACCAAGUGAUAAAAGCCAUAUUAAUCUUACUAAAGAGGAGGAACGGUUAUUGUCUGCAAACAAAAAAUGAGGUCAGGACAAUCAUUUUCCUUGAGAAUUUCCACUGUUUGACUUGUAAUGGAAAUGCUGUGCUUUGACUAAGAAUGUUUCAAGUAAAGUUUUAGGGAAUAGCCAAUAUUCUACAUUACAAACAGUUUUCAUGUGAAGUGCCAUGAUUUUACUUAAAGUGUAACUUAUAAAAUGAUACAAAUGUAUGAGUGAAGACUGUUAAAAAUGGCGAAACAAUCCACCUAAACAAAAAAGUGCUGUGCUUGAACUUAAAAUGUUACACAUUAAGUUUUGUGUACAAGCCAGAAAUUUUCAGUAUUCUUGAGAAUUGGCUAUUUGCCAUUUGUAAGCAAUUAAAGUUUUAUUCACAAGUAAGUAUCAUGCAUACAAUAAUUUAAAUAGAUAAGUUUCACAUUCGCAAUUUGAGCGAUUAUCAGGACACAAUUAAUCGAUGAUUCUAAAAUGAGGCUUACAAUGUGCAGUUCACAAGUUAUUCUUAAUGAACAAAAGGACCUUAUACAUUCAACAUUAUUAUAAGUGCCAUUAUAUUUGUGAAGUGUUUCUGAUGAUAAUUUUAAUUUAGACUAGUAUUUUUUCAGUAAGAUAGGGCUCAACAUUAACCAAAAAACCAACUUGCCCUGCCGUAAGAAAAUCUACUUGCCCUGAACGUAAAGCCACUUGCCCAAACAUGAAAUAUCACAUUAACUGUAAACCUCAUAUUUUUUAAUAAAGAUCAAAAUGAUACACCACAAAACCUUUUUUAUUUUUGCACAUUUAACAAAAUGAUCACAGCAAUUAAAGUCUAAAUUAAAUGCUCUUUGUUCUUUUUUGCAAUUGCCUGGGCGGGCAACUAGAUUAUAAAAUCACUUGCCCGGACCCAACUUUUACUUGCCAGGGGCAAUAGGACAACCAUUAAUGUUGAGCCCUGUAAGACUGGAAUUCGACAUCUGUGAAACCAUGUACUGAUGAAAUGAUAAUCAUAAAGUAUGUGAACAUGAAAAGUUUGUGACCAGAUUGUCCUUAGUUGGGUACUACGAUGACAUUAUGUUACAAUUAAGUGAUCAGUUAUAAUAACAAUUAGUGCACAGCGAUUUGUUUGCCCAAUUGGGCAAUCUAUACGGAAAAACCCUGAAAUUGGGAAAAUUUGUGUUGUGAAGUCUUUUUAUUGGAAAAUUGAUGUAUUUGAUUUUUUGCCCCCAAUAUUUUAAAAGUGAUAACUACACAGUGCUCCAGCUAAGAUAAGAGAUUGAAAAACUAUCAUGUGUUGAGAUUUCCAAGAUAAACUUAUCUUUGUUCAUCUUGAACCUUAUUAUCAAUUUAUUAUAUGUUUUGCUGGGCCUUUUGUUAUUAUAAAUCAUGUAAAAUGUGUGGAAAUCCCUGAUAAAAAAUAAAUACAAAUGUAGUUCUUAUUUCAAAAGUAAAAUCCUGGUUUUGAUGUACAAAGUCAACAUUUUGUAAAACUGAUCCAUCAAACCACUAGUAUACUUAAAGUAGUUAUGAAAUGUAACUAUAUACGGCAGAUUGUUAGCUCAUACAUACGGCAGAUUGUUAGCUUAUACAUACGGCAGAAUUAAAAAUUAAUGAUACCAGCAGUUGCAUUUAUGUUACAGCUUCCUGCUUGGAUGCUCAUAUUUUACAAGCAAUUAGAAAAUUGGUUUGAUCUCAUACUGUCAGACAUUUCCUAUUUGCUUGUUAUUUUGCAAACUUAUCUUUAACUUUGAAUAGCCUUCUUAUAUGUAUAUAUAUGUAUGUAUUAAACAGUUUAAUUUGUAGAAUGCAUUAUGUGCUAAUAUUUGAAAUAUAAAAUUUUAAAUAAAAAGAUAUUAUCUUGCUCACAAUAAAAUUGUUGAUUCCAAAUAUUGAGAUAUUAAGAUAAUUUUUGCGUUCCAUCAUAGCCUUAAUCAGGUCUAAAUUUAACAAAGAUUAUUGUAAAGUCAAAGCAUAAAGGUCUUUGUGGCCAACUUGACUUAGUAUGGAUAUUUGUGAACAUAUAUAAUUCAUGCUAAUAUAUACAAUCUGUUCUACUUAUAUGGCUUGAUUUGAUUACAUUUUCUCAUUUUAUUCUUUAUUUUAACGAUAAAAUCCAUUUUUCUCCCAAAUUAGCAAAUCAACCAUGAACAUUAGCUGAGCAUUGCUUAAGAAAACUAUUGAUUUCAUCCCCUUUUUGCAGUAUUAAGUUUCAGUGUAAUUCAUUGUUUUGUGUGUGUGGCUUUGAGUGAUUUAUUUAGUACUGUGUGUUUCUUUGAAUUGCUGCAACAUAUAUAUUUGUGUUCUGUAUGAUAUUCACAUUAAAUGCCAUUUGUUCAAUGUCUUGUGACCAUAAGGAAAAGAUCCUAGAAUGCUUCAAGACGCUGCUGCUAUUUUGUAUUGUUGACAUUUUUGACAUGUUGCUUUUAAUUUGUAUCAGCAUUUACUUGUGUCAUUUAAGAUAAGUUUGAAUAAUCGUGUUGAUUGUAAUUUUUAAUAUUUUGCACCUAACGUUUGUUUGAAAUACAGUAUAUUGUGGUUAUACUGCCUUUGAAUGUCAUAAAUUGUAUUAUCUGUA